AUGAAUCAUAUAUUGCAUAUGCAAACAACCGGAGAGAAUGUGUUUGCCCUGGUGCACAGGGUGGACAGAGAGGAUCAUAUGGCAGAGGCAGCCAAUAUGGACAGGGCGGAUCAUAUGGCAGUCAAUAUGGACAGGGUGGAUCUUAUGGUGGUGGCAGUCAAUAUGGACAGGGCUCAUAUGGUCACGGCUCAUAUGGACAGGGUGGAUCAUAUGGGGGCGGCAACCAAUAUGGACAGGGUGGAUCAUAUGGAGGUCAUUAUGGACAGGGUGGAUCUUAUGGUGGCAACACCCCUUACGGACAGGGUGUGCAUAGUGGUUCAUAUGGCAGCAACCAAUAUGGACAGGGAGGACAGAGUGGAUCAUAUGGAGGCCAAUAUGGACAGGGUGGAUCAUAUGGAUGGGACAGUCGCUAUGGACAGGUAA